AUGAUUCGAAUAAACUAUUUUCUGUAUCAAUUAUUAUGCAUUGCGUUUGCGGCGGCGGCUUCAGACUAUAAUAUAUCUACGAUAUACACGAGCGAUAACCCGGAUGAGCCCGCCAUAUUCAACCACGGCGAGAGCCCCGAAUGGGACGCGGACAGCCAAUCCUUGCUCUUUGUGGACGUACACAAACAAAAUGUACAUCGUUUGGACUACGCUUCAGGAAAUUUAAGCACAAAGCACAUAGAUUACGGUCAAGUGAACGUCGUAGCGCGUGUGUCUGGUUCGAGUCGACUAUUGGUCACUGUGCGCUCUGCUGUGUAUUUGCUUGACUGGGAUGUAAGUGGAGACUCAGCCUUGCGACUGCUAGCUACAGUAGACGAAGGAUUACCAAGCAAUGUUAUAAAUGAAGGAAAACCGGAUCCUUCAGGAAGAUUUUGGGCAGGUACAAAGGGACCACAAGAAGGAGAUGAUGUGAAGGCGGAUAAGGCUACGCUGUACAGUUUUGAUAUAAACCAAGACGGAUUAGUAGAGCCACGUGUUCAACUGCGACCCGUGACCAUUUCAAACGGUCUUACGUGGUCUCUUAACGGCACUGUUAUGUACUACAUUGAUUCGGCUACAAAGAAGGUUGAGGCAUUCGAUUUCGAUGCUGAUAUAGGGGCAAUUAGCGGCAGACGUACGAUUUUCGACAUUUCCGAACUCGAUCUCGGUGAUGCUAUACCAGAUGGUAUGACAAUCGACAGUGAUGGCCAAUUGUGGGUAGCUCUUAUGUUCGGUGGCACGGUGUUGCACAUAGACCCCGACACAAAACAAUUGGUGUACAGUUACACUUUGCCAGUAUCCCGUAUCACAUCCGUGUGCUGGGGCGGACCCAACCUCGACACGCUGUUCGUGACCACUUCGCAGCGCGGCGCCAACGAAACACUCGCGGGCGCCAUCUUUACCAUAACCAACACAGGCAGUAAGGGUGUUGCCCCUUAUGAAUUCGUUUUCAAUAAUGCCGAUUCUUAUUGAAGACCGCCUUAUUGAACUGGAUAGAUUUGAUAAUUGUGGACGAAACGGACAUGUA